GCAGCCCCUCACGCGGCGGUGCCUGGGCGAUGCGAUGCUGUUGCUGUGGGUUUGAUUGACAGGAAACAUGUCGGUGUGGUGGGAGCGAACCGGGAUGCAGCUGCUGCCAAGAGAGACAGGGAGUACCUGCGUCCAAUCCACACAUCAGCACCUUUAAAACCACCAGGCUUCCCCCUCAAUACGUCUUCUUCUAAACAGCUUCUCUUUUUUUGAAACAUCCAUUUCAAACGAAGGGGCACCCAAUGGAUGCUGUGGCAAACCGUGUCGUCCCGCUCGGUAUCUUCAUAUUGUGUUUGAUUUAGCCAACAAUCAGAGACACCUUGAUGAAACAGCAGGAACUACGAGGACUGUUGUUGCAAUGGAGUCGACUCUCUCCCGGCUCAAACCACGUCUGUAAACCUACGAAAUCUCGUUUCAUGGCGUUUUGCAGGUUGCUCUGUUCCGUGGGCUUCUCCACAUUUCUUUUCUGAAUUAUUUGUUGUUGUUUUUAUUUUUAUUUUGUUUUUAAUUUUUUUCAAAGUGCAAAGGGAAAAUAACGACCACUGCUCGCAAAACUAUGAACGAGGAGAUGACAAAAAGCGAGGAGCAGCAUCUUAGUUUGCAGAAAGCCUUGCAGCAGUGCGAGUUGGUGCAAAAUAUGAUUGACAUAAGCAUUUCUAGUUUGGAGGGUUUACGGACCAAAUGUGCCACAUCCAACGACUUGACACAAAAAGAGAUACGAACGCUGGAGGGGAAGUUGGUAAAGUACUUCAGCCGCCAGCUGUCCUGUAAGUGCAAAGUGGCCUUAGAGGAGCGCAGUGUCGAGCUGGAGGACUUCCCUCGCCUCGGCCACUGGUUCCGCAUCGUCAACUUGAGGAAGGAGGUCACAGAGGAGAUGAGCCCAGGUGAGGUAACCCUGGAGGGCCUGCUGGAGAUGAGCGAGGAGCAGGUGUGUGAGCUGCUGCAGAAGUUUGGUGCCAACGAAGAGGAGUGCGCCCGACUCAACGCCUCCCUCUCCUGCCUCAGAAAGGCCCACCAGCUCGAACAACUUGAGGAGGAUAAAUUGCACAGUAAUGGAGGGAGCCAGGAGAAGCAGGACUGGUCCAUCCAGUGGCCCACCUCUGAAUCGGGCAAAGAAAACACUCCGGUGUGCCAGCCAGAGGUCAGUCAGUGGAUCCGGUUUCAGCUCUCCCAAAGCCCCAAAGUCCAGUCCAAGUACAACCAGCACAUGUGCCACAGCCCCCAAGCCCUGGCCCCCCCUUUAUAUGCCGAUCGACUGACCGUUGACAGCCCAGCCACAGGGUUCUUCCCUCCCUUGGACUAUGGUCAUCGCUCCCUGCCCCCGUCACCCCGCCAGAGGCAUUUUGGCCACACACCUCCUCGGACUCCCUUAGUGGUCAACACCAUGACGCCGCCUGGCACUCCCCCAAUGCGGCGUAGAAACAAAGUGAAGGCCCCGGGCACGCCACCUCCACCUAGCCGCAAGCUCAUCCAUCUGCUACCAGGCUUCACCGCACUGCACCGCAGCAAAUCCCACGAGUUCCAGCUGGGGAACCGCUUGGAUGACACACAGACACCAAACUUCCAGUGAACCAGAGGCUGGUUUCUAUGCCUCCAAAGAAUUAAUGAGCAAACUGCCUCCUUACCAAUGUGUUCAGUAAUAUCUAUAAUUCCAAGAAAGUCUCACCCUGAGAUGAAACAGUGUCCAAUUUUGCAGA